AUGAAAAUUCUUUGCUGGAACUAUCGUGGGGUGGGGAACCCUGCGACAGUUCGAGAAUUUUGGCAACUUCUUGUUGCUAAUGUCCCUGAUAUCGUUUUCCUGUGUGAAACUAAGAUUAAUUCUAACAGGUUCCAGCGUAUCCGUUCUAUAUGCAGAAUGGAGGGUUACCUCGCAGUGGACUCCGCAGGAAAGAGUGGGGGGUUGGCAUUACUUUGGCGGGAUGGUCUAGAUGUGUCGGUUCAAAAUUAUUCUAAUUUUCAUAUUGACUCGUUGGUUAGGCUGGAGAACAAGGAUGUGCUGAGAUUUACUGGUUUUUACGGCCAGACUGCUUCUAGAUUGAGACAACAGGCCUGGGAUAUUUUGAGGAGAGUGCAUCAUAAGGUUAAUGAAGGAUGGAUUGUUGGGGGUGAUUUUAAUGCUAUUCUGAAUCUCUCUGAAAAGGAAGGUGGCCGUAGUAAACCCAAGGUGUUAAUGGAGGAAUUUUGUAAUAUCCUGGAGGAGUUAAAGCUCACCGAUAUCGAGCCUUGCAAUGGAUGGUUUACUUGGACAAACAAUAGGGAAGGCGAUCGGCUUGUCAAAGAAAGGCUGGAUAGAUUUGUUGCCUCGGAUGUGAUUCUGGAUAAGUUCCCUUUCUUAGCUUCCUAUGUCGUUCGCCAGUCCAGGUCCGAUCACGAGGCUAUCCUGAUUGAUACGGAAGGUAGUAAGCCUAAUAGGGAGAGGACGGGUCACAAGGCGUGGUUCAGAUAUGAUACGUGUUAG